UUAUUGCUCUGACUCUACCUGACGCAGCUGAAGCAGUGAGUGAGGAAACCCGCCACCAGCAUCCUGCACCAUGGAGGCGGCCACAGCACCAAAGCCAUGGACAUUACAUGCAUUAGGAGGACACUGCUCACUGUUUCCUAUUUUAAUGUUCAUUUUAAGCCAGUGUUGUCGGAUAAGAGCAGAUGACGGCGGCAUGGAGGAACUUGCCACGGAGAAAGAGGCAGAGGAAAGUCACAGGCAGGACAGCGUGAAUUUACUUACAUUCAUUUUGCUUUUGACACUCACUAUCCUCACAAUAUGGCUCUUCAAACACAGAAGAGUGCGCUUCCUGCACGAAACAGGACUGGCUAUGAUAUACGGUCUGUUGGUGGGUGUUAUUUUGCGGUAUGGCAUCCCCUCCACCAGUUACCAUAAUAAAACUCCUCCGAGUUGCACCCUGCAGGAGGGUCCUGUCAGCACGGUGCUCCUCAACGUUAGCGGAAAGUUCUUUGAGUACACACUGAAGGGGGAGAUCAACCUUAAAGAAAUCCACAGUGUGGAGCAGAAUGACAUGUUGCGCAAGUUGACCUUUGACCCAGAGGUGUUCUUCAACAUUCUGCUCCCUCCCAUCAUAUUCCACGCUGGAUACAGCCUCAAAAAGAGACACUUCUUCAGAAACCUAGGAUCCAUCAUAACUUAUGCGUUCCUGGGCACGGCCAUUUCCUGUUUUGUCGUUGGAAACCUCAUGUAUGGCGUGGUGAAACUGAUGCAGGUUUUGGGUCAACUCACUGACAAGUUCUACUACACAGACUGCCUCUUCUUUGGUGCCAUAAUAUCUGCCACAGAUCCAGUCACAGUGCUUGCGAUCUUUAAUGAGCUCCAUGCUGAUGGUGAUCUCUAUGCACUGCUGUUUGGAGAGAGUGUCAUGAACGAUGCAGUCGCCAUAGUCCUUUCAUCGUCAAUUGUGGCGUAUCAGCCUUCAGGAGCCAACACACACACAUUUGAUGCCUCUGCCUUCUUCAAGUCGGUGGGCAUCUUCUUGGGCAUCUUCAGUGGCUCUUUCGCUAUGGGUGCAGUCACUGGAGUAGUCACUGCCCUCGUGACAAAAUUCACCAAGCUGCACUGUUUCCCUCUGCUGGAGACUGCUCUGUUCUUCCUCAUGUCUUGGAGUACUUUUCUACUGGCUGAAGCUUGUGGAUUCACAGGUGUUGUCGCUGUGCUGUUUUGUGGAAUCACACAGGCCCAUUAUACCUACAACAAUCUCUCUGAGGAAUCAACCAAACGCACUAAACAGUUGUUUGAGGUGCUGCACUUCCUAGCAGAGAACUUCAUCUUCUCAUACAUGGGCCUGGCACUCUUCACCUUUCAGAAUCACGUCUUCAGCCCCAUUUUCAUAUUUGGAGCCUUUAUAGCCAUCUUUAUCGGCCGGGCCUUGAACAUCUAUCCUUUGUCUUUCCUGAUUAACCUGGGCCGAAGACACAAAAUCAGGGGAAACUUUCAGCACAUGAUGAUGUUUGCAGGGCUGCGAGGGGCAAUGGCAUUCGCUCUGGCUAUCCGUGACACCGCCACAUACGCGCGGCAGAUGAUGUUCACCACGACCCUGCUCAUUGUGUUCUUCACAGUUUGGGUGUUUGGAGGAGGCACCACGCCAAUGCUGUCCUGGCUACAUAUCAGGGUUGGAGAGACAUCUGCUGCAGAGAAGGAGAGGCUGCGUAGACUGUGGAAUUACGUCAGAGUUGGAGUGGACCCUGAUCAGGAUCUUCAGCCAUGUGGGGACAGCUUCCAGGUCCUUCAGGGAGAUGGAACAGAGUCAGAAGGACAGAGCAAGACCAAGCAAGAGAGCGCCUGGCUUUUUAGACUUUGGUAUACUUUUGACCACAAUUACCUGAAGCCUAUCCUGACCCAUAGCGGUCCCCCUUUGACCUCCACUCUGCCGGCUUGCUGCGGUCCUCUGGCUCGAUGUCUGACCAGCCCCCAGGCCUAUGAGAACCACGAGCCGCUGCGAGACAAUGACUCAGACCUCAUUCUGAACGAAGGAGACCUGGCGCUGACCUAUGGCGACACAGCCAUCACAGCCAACGGGGCCUCGUCCUCCUCCGGCCCCGAAGGAUCGGGCGGCAGCUGGGGUGUGAAUGGCAAACGCAGCGACAGCACGUCAGAGGACGCUCUAGAGCGAGAACUGGACACGCGUGAACAUGAGCUCUUGAGCCGCGGCACACGUCUCGUUUUCCCCAUGGAGGACCACGCUUGACCCCGCCUCCCAAACCUUAAACCACGCCUCCCUGCGCUCCAUACCUCCACUUUCCUUGUACAUCGAUCCAUCGGACCACCCAUGACCCCUCCAAAGAUCUCAUGCAGGGGGUCUGAACACUCAAGGGAGAUCAGGAGGGUUUGUUCUCAGAGAAACGGAGGCGACAUAAUUGAUGCUGUGGCAGAUCAGCUUUGGACACUGAUUGUCCUUAUUGCUGUCAUUUAUGAUGAGGGAUUGAUGCCGAACGAUCUCUGCUGCCCUUAACAUUCACAUUCAUACAAUCUCUCACACACACUGCCCGCCGCAUAUUAAC